AUGCACCUUUCUGAGCUGUGUGGCUGGUGCAAGCACUUAAGAGCUUUUGUACCAUUCUUCCUGAUUAGUGGCAUGGUGGUGGGGAUCUACUUUAUCCUGGAGGCCAUCGUGAACAGCGGACCUCUCUCUGACGAACAUUUCUAUGAUCGGAUUGACCUUCAGCAACCUAAAAUAAUCCCUUCAUACCGUGGACUGAAUCCAACUAUAUACAGCAGCCUCAGGUUGCCUACUGACAUUAAUCCUACACAGCAAUUUACAUUUGGCUUUGGAUUGGGUUUUUUCUCUUUCUUGGACAUUAGCUCUUGUGGUGUUGUACUUUCAGGAAAGUUUUAUUUUGCGUGUGAAGUAUGAGGAUCCACAGGCUGCAGAUGGUCUUGCAGGAGCCCUGGAUACUCGACAGCAAAAUACCGGAGCGAUUCAAGUACCACAAAACAACUUUAUGGAAGAUAUUGAGCAAUGGCUUUCCGCAGAUGUUGAGGAAGAGAUCGAGGGGGAGGAUGGAGUCACUAGUGAAGAAUUUGAUAAAUUCCUAGAGGAGCGGGCAAAGGCUGCAGAUCGACUACCAUCCUUGACUUCUCCCACAUCGGAUGCUCCCCGGGCAGCAACAAGCACAGGACAGAGCAGGAAAGAAAAAGAUGAAGAAGCCCUUUUUGGGUUGUGA